AAACAGUGAGCCAAUAGGAAAGUUGUGCGCAUGCGUGCCGCAACAUCGUGGCUGUUUGGUAUCGUUGGUGAAGGCUCAGUUUUUGAUUCCGGAAAUCGAGAUAUUUUCCUGCGAAGCUGCAAUAAACGUGUUGGUCCUUAUGUUCCAGAAGAUUAAAGCAUCCACUUAAUUUUAUGCAGUGCUCUUUCAAUGGCACAUAUCAGUAUCAACCAAUAUUUGCAGCAGGUACUGGAAUCUAUUGAUGGCAGAGAUGGAUUGUUUUGUGCAGAAUUAGUGUCAUUUAAACAUCCUCAUGUUGCAAAUCCUAGACUGCAGCUUUCAUCUCCAGAAGAAAAAUGUCAACAAGUGCUGGAACCACCUUAUGAUGAGAUGUUUGCUGCUCAUUUAAGAUGUACUUACGCAGUUGCCAACCAUGACUUUGUAGAAGCAUACAAAUGCCAAACAGUUGUAGUACAAUCUUUCCUGAGAGCUUUUCAAGCACACAAAGAAGAAAACUGGGCUUUGCCUAUUAUGUAUGCAGUGGCACUUGAUCUUCGAAUUUUUGCCAACAGUGCUGAUCAACAACUAGCAAAGAAAGGCAAAGGCAAAGUUGGUGACAUGUUGGAAAAAGCAGCUGAACUUCUUAUGAGCUGUUUCCGUGUAUGUGCAAGUGACACUCGAGCCAGCAUUGAGGAUUCAAAAAAGUGGGGCAUGUUGUUUCUGGUGAAUCAACUAUUUAAAAUAUAUUUUAAGAUCAAUAAACUUCACCUAUGUAAACCAUUGAUAAGAGCAAUUGAUAGCUCAAACCUUAAAGAUGAAUAUAGCAUGGCACAAAGAGUUACAUACAGGUACUAUGUUGGAAGGAAGGCAAUGUUUGAUAGUGAUUUUAAACAAGCUGAAGAGUAUCUGUCUUUUGCCUUUGAGCACUGUCACCGGUCUAGUCAGAAAAACAAAAGGAUGAUAUUGAUUUAUUUGCUGCCAGUGAAAAUGUUACUGGGCCAUAUGCCAAUGAUCCAGCUUUUAAAAAAGUAUGACCUCAUGCAGUUUGCAGAAGUUACAAAAGCUGUGAGUGAAGGGAACCUUCUUUUAUUAAAUGAUGCUCUGGCAAAACAUGAGACGUUUUUCAUUCGCUGCGGUAUCUUCCUUAUUCUUGAGAAGCUGAAAAUCAUCACCUACAGAAAUCUCUUCAAGAAAGUAUAUUUGUUACUUAAAACUCACCAGCUAGCUCUAGAUGCCUUUCUGGUUGCCCUGAAAUUCAUGAAAGUCACUGAUGUUGAUAUUGAUGAAGUCCAGUGCAUUUUGGCUAAUCUCAUUUACAUGGGUCAUAUUAAGGGCUAUAUAUCACAUCAGCAUCAGAAGCUUGUUGUCAGCAAGCAAAAUCCUUUCCCUCCACUUUCUACUGUCUGCUGAACGGAGAUGGAGGAAUGUUGCUCCUGGGCAGGGAUUAUGAUUGGAGGAGCCCUCUUUAAAAGGUGGAACAGUCUUGCAUUUAGGACAAAGAGGGGCAUGCUGAAGAGAUUGCUGCAGCACAGAAGAGAAGGAAUGGCUCCACUAUUUCCUUCCAUUCAAAGGAAAUGAUUAUGAUCCCCUCUCUGUAAUCUUCAGAACCACCUUCUGGAAGGCAAUUUUCAGAACAGGUACAGAAUGAACUAUGUAUUGUUCCAUCAUAAUUUUUUGUGUGUGGAUUUUUCUUGAUAAAAAUUCCCAAUUGAAUAAACAGCAUAAUAUUAUGUUGAUAACCUCUGGUGAACACUUCAUAACAUGACCAUAAUUGAUGUUUUCAAUUUUAAUAUUGCUAUAAUAUUUUUUUUUAAAAACAUGUAAAGACUUAAUGUGUUAUCUUUCAAAGUUUAAUUAAAUGUAGAAAAUGAAAAAUAA